AUGGUAGCUUGGAGGAUUAGAAAUAUAACUAUUGCUUUCCAAUUAGCUGUUUUUGCAUUAAUUGCGACUUCCUCAGUCUUAGUAAUUAGUGUACCCCUUGUAUUUGCUUCUCCUGAUGGUUGGUCAAAUAAUAAAAAUGUUGUAUUUUCUGGUACAUCAUUAUGGAUUGGACUAGUCUUUCUCGUAGCUAUUCUGAAUUCUCUCAUUUCUUAA